CGUUGCUCGACCCCUUAUUUUUUCACAAACAAAUUGCACAGCCCCCAUUUCAGUGCGAAAUACUUCCUGUGGUAGAGACUUUUAAUACAUUUUCCCAUCUUUAUUCAAUAAAAUCUCUCACGAUUUAUCUACACUCGUGACUUUAUUCUUUUUUAAAUUCUCCUAGUUAAAGACACCAUUUCAUAAACCAUUGGCAUUUUCUUAAAAACUUAUGUUACCCAAAUAUAUUUUCAUAUAAAAUCAUUAAUCAUAAUAUACUGAUGUGUAAAGUAAAUUAAUAAGUGUAAAAUAAUUAAAUAUCAGUUGUAGUUGAGGACAAUUUACUUCUCCUCAUUUCUUCUAUGUCCCAAUCAUGUCUAAGUCCUUCUUAGUAGAUUCUAUUUUAACGAAAAGCGAGAACACCUCCCAAAAAUCUGAUUCCUCAGUCCACUUAAGUGGCUGUAAGAGCCCAUGGAUACCAACAAAUACUAUGGUUCUACCUCCAGGACUUUGUAUAUCUUCUCGUGGUCUCUGUAAUAGCUUUGAACUAUCGGAUUAUUUGCAAAGAGGAUUGUACAAUUAUGCUCAAGCAGGAAUUUCCAACAGAAAUACAGGCUAUAGAGAUUCUCAAAUUCCAAAUUCAACACAAAAACUUAAAUCAUCAAUAGUUCCUGGCUCUUUUAGUCAAGAAAAAUCGCCAAAAGAUUCAUGGCAGCAACGAUCAUAUUCUCCGUUCUUAGAAGAAAAAGAAACAAAAGAAUCUCCCAAAAGUGAUGACCUUUCCAGCAGCAAGCGAGUACGGACAGCAUUCAGCAGUGCCCAACUUGUUGAACUUGAACGUGAAUUCGCGUCUAAUAUGUACCUCUCCCGAUUGAGAAGAAUUGAGAUAGCUACAUGUCUUAGACUUUCUGAAAAACAAGUGAAGAUAUGGUUUCAGAAUCGCCGUGUGAAAGAAAAGAAAAUAGGACAUGUUGAGCAAAAAUGUCAAUGUUUAAGAAGUUACAAGUCUCGAAAUGCAGUAUCAUCAACAGUGAAUAGUGACUGGACAGCCAUUAAUUCAUUUUCAAACAAUUCAGAAGACCAGCAUACUUUUGAGUGCUGUGAAAAGAAAAACGAACUUCAUAACUAAUGAGAAAGGACUGUAAGAAGCUGAUUAAAAAAAAAUAUCUAAACUUCUUUAUUUGUGAAUUUAUUUUACUCAUAAAGACACUUGUAAUUUUAAUAAAAUAUUUCCA